CUCCAUUUUGUGUCCUUGUCUCUAUGCUAAAAGCUGCUAAUCUCACUUCUAGGUUAUCAGCUCCUCCCUCAUUUCGCAACUAUUGUUCUUAUCGUUUCAUAUCCCCAGCUAUUUGCAACAACUUAUCUGAACUUACCAAUACAUUACAUUUCACAACGAGAGAGAUGACAAAAGGCCAUGGGCUGACCAGGGAUUACGAAUGGAGAUGAACUAAUAACAACAAUAACUAAAGCAAAGAUGGCUGUCAAACUGGGAAAAGUUGUUUACCGUAAUCAUGCAUUCGUAAAUGAUAACUUUUCCCUGCAUGAACCCCAACAUUCAGAACGUCAUGUCCACCGUAAGCUGCCGUGGGACGUGUUCACAGAAACUUCCCACAGUAAUUUCCGCCAUGGGAAUGUCAUACAGAUGACAGUUUUAAAAAUACUGUUCAAGUUACUCUGUGCCUGUGUCUUAACGAUCUUGAUCUUCUCUCUGGCUGUUACAAACAGAAUAACUUUAAUAAUACUAACCCAAUCCUUACGAAUAAACGAGGAUCCAAGGCACUGUAACAAUGGCAGCCAGUUAAUGCAUUUCUGUGAAGCAAUUUCAAAUUGUACAACAAAGACUUCCUCCCAGAACAGUCGUCGCGAAAUAAAUGUCUCUUCGAUAUGGGCCAUGCUGCUUGUAAUCUGCUGUCCCUACAUCUAUGAAUUUAUAGUUAAUAUGUGGAGAGUAAUUUUCAAGCGUCUAUUCAAGCUGGAAAUAAAAUGGUUCAUACUGAUUUGCGUAACAGAAUGUCUUCACACUGUUGGUUUAUGGAUGCUCGUGUUUGUUUUGCUACCAAACGUGGAACCAGUGCAGGCAGUGCUUAUAUUAUAUGGCAUCACAUUCUUUCCAUGUCUUCUUGACUUCGUUGCUUCUGUUUUACUGUUUGAGACACCCUCAUCUUACACUGUUGACUAUUCGAAAAAAAAAUCUUUCGGCAGAAUAUUUCUGACUGUAUUGAUUUUUCUCCUUACCGCCAUGCUUAUCGCCUCUUAUACAUAUUUCCAAUAUAAAUGCAAACCCACUUUGCACUAUUUGAUUCCCAUCGCGCUCAUUCUCGUGUCUAUACGGUGGUGGGAGUCUUUUGCCGAUAUCAUAGAAGAUGAAUUCUUUACAGAGAUGUUAUCCAAAAUAAAAGAAAACAAAGCCGGAAGUAAUGUUUUCAUGUCACCCUUGAAAAUAGCACUCAACCUUUUCUUAACGGCCCUUUAUUUUUCAUUUAACAAAGAGUGCACAGAAGUCCUGAUUUUCGUCAACGAAAAGUUAUCACAUUGCGGAUUAUCAGAAACGACUCUGAAAUCUGAUCCCCAUUUCAAUGAACCGUUUACUUUCGCAAGCAUUAACAUUAUAUCGUCCUUUUUAUGUUUUCAGUUCGCGAAAGUUGCUUGCAAACUGAUGCUUCAGAAUCUGUCUUUUUCUUUCCCUUUGAUUAUUGUUGGCCCUGCUUCGUUCUUCCUAGUCUCUUACAUACAGCACAGACGAACGUCGUUUCUAGAUUUUGGACAAGUCAAUUGCAACGACUUUGUCGACGUUUUCCAACAGUUCGGCUGCAACAGCAUCUUGUUAAUCUUAUUGUUCAUCGCUUAUGUAAUAACCACAAGGCACGUGUGGUACCCGAAAAUUGAGAGACUUGCCAAAGACAGAAAAUUGUUCUUCAAAUUGAGUUACUGUGGAAUCUUGCUGGACCAAGAUCUACUUCUAAACAGAAGACAUGACAAAGGUGAAGUGAAAGCGGACCAAAACGCCAUCAGAAUCAGUGCCAUGAAAUAUGAUGCGGAUGGUAUGCAUAUGUAUAAACUAGGAUCCACACCAAAAAUUUACGCAUGCGCAACAAUGUGGCAUGAAACGGAAAACGAAAUGUUACAAUUAUUGAAAUCUAUGUUUAGAAUGGAUAAAGACCAAUUCACACGGAGUUUCAUGCAAGAGAAAGUUGGUAUCGUUGACAACGACUACUAUGAAUUUGAAGGUCACAUAUUUUUUGAUGAUGCUUAUACAAGAAUAGACGGUGAACCCCAAAUCAAUGCAUAUGUCGAAUGUCUAAUGAAAUUGGUAGAAAAGGCAGGCAGCGCAAUCCACACAGACGUCUUUAUCGAGAAACCGACGAUAUGUAGUACGCCGUAUGGAGACCGCUUGGAAUGGAUCCUUCCUGGUGGAAACAAACUGGUCGCCCACCUAAAAGACAAAAAUAAAAUAAGACACAGGAAGCGGUGGAGCCAGGUCAUGUACAUGUACUACGUCUUGGGCCACCAGAUUGCAUCCGUUGAUAUCAAGAUAGGUCAAAAAGUUAAACGUUCCGAUAAUACAUUUUUGCUAGCUUUAGACGGAGAUGUAGAUUUCGAACCGUCGUCUGUUCUGCUUUUAUUGGACAGAAUGAAGAGAAACCCUGUGGUUGGGGCAGCUUGUGGAAGAAUACACCCCAUUGGAAACGGGCCAAUGGUAUGGUACCAGAAAUUUGAAUAUGCAGUCAGUCAUUGGUUACAGAAAUCCGCUGAACACAUGACCGGAUGUGUUCUUUGCAGUCCCGGAUGCUUUAGCCUUUUCCGAGGAUCAGCACUAAUUAAGCCAAACGUUCUGAAGAGAUACACUACAAUGCCAACUGAAGCUAAACACCAUGUACAGUACGACCAAGGUGAGGACCGAUGGCUGUGUACACUUCUGCUGCAAGAAGGGUCUCGAGUUGAAUACUGCGCAGCGUCCGACGCCUUAACAUAUUGUCCUGAAAACUUUAACGAAUUCUUCAAACAGCGAAGGCGAUGGGCUCCGUCUACUAUGGCAAACAUAAUAGAACUUCUAGUCGACUGGCGGCAUGUACGACAAGUAAACAGCAGUAUAUCUUUGCCGUAUAUCAUCUAUCAGACUGGUUUAAUGGCCGUCUCAAUCAUAACGCCUGCAACAAUUUUCCUCCUUGUGGUCGGGGCUUUGACAGCAGCUUUCCCGUCUAUAUCGUUGACAGCUUCUCUGUUUAUUAACCUCAUCCCAGUCGUAAUCAUGCUAUUCUUGUGCUUUGUGUCACCAGAAGAUACCCAACUGAAAUUUGCCUCGAUAAUAACGCUGUUCUAUACUAUAGCAAUGAUGCUUGUGUUUGUCGGUUUGAUGAAAGAAAUCUUUGAAUACAAGUUCUGUUCCACUACUGCUUUUUUGUUCACAUUUGUUGCCGGCACGUUUCUGACGUCUGCAUUUGCUCAUCCACAAGAAUUCAGUUGUGUUCUCCAUGGUCUUCUUUACUUUCUUUUUGUGCCAUCCACAUCUAUUCUGUUGAUGGUUUAUGCUCUGGGAAAUCUCCACAAUAUUACCUGGGGAACACGAGACAAUGCAGCUAAAGGUAAACCCGCUCCUGUCAAAGGGAAAAAAAUGGCCUUUAAUCAAAUUAAGAAUGUUUUAAUGUCAAAUUCUUCUGAGGGAAAUGAAAAAGAAUCCGAAUACUCCUUUUCGUGUGGAUAUCUUUGCCGCUGUCUGUGUUUUCUGAAGGAGAAAUCGAACAAAGAGCUAACACUUCUCGCGACAAUAUUAGAAAAGCUAGAUAACCUUAUAAAACCUAAAGCAUCAAAGAAAAUAGAUUCAGAGCAAACGGUCCCCUUGAUAAAGAUCAAUAAUGAUGCAAACGCGGAAAAAGAGGGUGAGAGCAGAGCAGAAGAUCAGGAUCUCGCGAAACAACAACCAAUACAACAACAACCAAUACAACAUCAACCAAUACAACAUCAACCAGUACAACAACAACCACAGCCAGAAGAACAACAGCCAACGGUAGAAACACAAGAAAGCAAUCGCGUCACUUUUGCAGAUUCGAGUGGUAAACCAACAUAUUGGCAGGAGCAUGAGUAUUUGAAAACUCUGAAUGUGGCUGAACUUAGUGAAAGAGAAGACGAAUUCUGGCGUGAGCUUAUCCAAAAAUACCUUUUUCCCAUUGAGGAAGAUGCAAAGAAAAAGAAAGAAAUGGAAGCAAAAUUACUCGAGCUUCGCAACAACGUUUGUUUGGCAUUCUUCAUAAUAAAUGCCUUAUUUGUAGUGGUUAUAUAUGCCAUCGAAUAUAAUGUUCAGACGAGCAAGAGUAUCGGUUUACAAAUUUACUGUUCUGACAUGGAAAAAACCAAAAUCGUAAAUGUCAUUUCGCUUGUCUUUUCAGCCGUAUUUGGUGUAACAUUGGUAAUUCAACUGAUCGCGAUGCUAUUUCAUCGAUGUGGUACAUUCUUACAUAUUUUAUCAACUAUCGAUUUGUCUUUGAAGCCGAUCAAUAAAGAAAUUAUCGAAGAAUGUCGUCAGAGUCUACUUUCAACGAGUAAAGGCGACAAUUACAGCGAUGCAACAACCGAUACUGUGGGUAGCACUAAUUACGAAAAGAAAAAGAAUCGGCGUGAAACAAAGAAAAUAUACAAGUCAAAGGCUCCACCCCUGUACAAAGAUCUUCCCUCGAAGGCCGAGAAUACGUUAGUUCAUGUGGUGGAUGAUUAUGUAAAUCAGAACGAUACGACGCACUUAUUUUCGAUCAACAAACCAAAAAUGAAUUGGAUGCCACUACUUGAUAAUGAGGAUAUACAAAAAGAAGUUUUCGAAAAAACAGACGAGAUCAAACAGAGAUGGCGAACUCUCAUCGAUAGAGCAACCACGUGUGAUCUGACGACUGUUAAAGGAGUUACGAAAGCAUUAAUGGAAAUGAGAAACCAGAGUAACACAAAAUCGAACAAAGAUGAGCAGGAAGAUUCCAUUUGUAUUACUGGAAGUAAGAACGACGUUUCAUCAUCUCCAAAGUUAAGGAAUAAAUUGCCAAGUAUUCAAUUUGAAAAUUAUAAUUCAACCUUCGAAACAGAUGCAAUUGUUCAUUCAAGUAACAAAGUCAAAAUACCAGGAAAGGAUACAUCAAGCUCUGAUGAAGAUUUUGAGGUCAGAUCGAAGGGAAAGAAUAAGUUGCUGAGAUAUACAUCUGAUCGAAACUUACGGAGAAAUACAAAUUUAAAGUCCAAACAGAAUCCACUUAAAAGGGCAGCAUCAUUACUCAUUUCAUCAAAAAACCGGACCCCAACAACGAAGUCUGUGCCAAAUGCACUAACAUCAACCACAACACUGACGACGGCGAUGGGAAGUAUGUUGACGGUAACUUCAGCGGCUGCGAAUGCAGAGUAUGAAAACAACGUUGGCGCGAAAAUGGCUUCGCCUGGAGACAAUGUGAACGCAGUUCCGCAGAAAACGUGGAAUGACGAUUCAAUUUCGAUGAUGACCAAUUCGACUGACGAAGAAACAUUGUCUGAUAAUUCAGAUAGAUAUGAGACACAAUUUUAAUCUCAUAUCUGCACAGUAUAUAUAUAUAUAUAUAUACACACACGCAUAAGACACACGCAUACAUACAUACAUACAUACACCGCGCCUAUGCUCUACGCAGUAUUACAAUAACCACCAUACCCUAGAGCAGGCUAGCGCGCGGAGUUUCGAGCCGUAUUAUACAUUAGUAAGAAAUCCAAAAAAAAUGUGAUUAGUGUUUUUAAGCUUUAUGUAACAUAAGCGCAUUUCCCUAAGACGAUUGUCGUUAUUACAUGAGCCGAUUGGUUGCUACGCAAUCCGAUUGGCGCGCUUCCUCGGGAUUAUCAGCGAAAAUCACAGCACAAUACGUUUGUUGCACGCCUUUACUUACCCGGUUAUGCACGUUAUGGGUAAGCUAGUUGGUGAAGUAGAAAAGAAAGCGAUAGAAGGUGAGAUAAUAGAAAGGUACCAAGACAGACGGCCUUGAAGAGAAGAGAGAAAGGCAGAGAUAGAUAUACCUACACACGCAUACAUUCAGGCGAAACCAACGUGCACCCAGACAUACGCACACACAUACAAGUCUAUACACUUUGGAAGGAAUACGAAAAGAAAAUAUGAAGGCCUUGUGUCGAUGUAGUAGUAAUAACCGACAUGACAAUAACUACGACAUCAUUCACUAGUUUAUAUCAAGGGGAAAAGAAAAUUAUACGUCCAUGUUACCAUUUCUAUGGUAUUUUGGUCAAUCUCCAUUCAGUGCAGAGACUUAAGACAGGAUUGACGCUAUGUAAAGAUUAUACACUUUUUAAAAAUUGAAUAUUUAUAUACAAACACUCACACACACACACACACACACACACACACACACACACACACACACACACACACACACACGUAUAUAUAUAUACAUAUACACAUUCAAGUAUACGUAUGCGUGUACAUAUAUAUAUUACAUACCUUGUUUCUGAUAUAUAUAUGUAUGUAUAUAUAUGUAUGUAUAUGUGUGUGUAUAUAUAUAUAUGUAUGUAUAUGUGUAUAUAUAUGUAUGUAUGUAUAUGUGUGUGUGUGUGUGUGUGUGUAUAUAUAUAUAUAUAUAUAUGUGUGUGUGUGUGUAUAUAUAUAUGGGGUGGGGUAUGUAUGUAUAUAUGGUCUAGUAGUGGUCUGCCCUUGAGCAGGUUCUGCGCAUGUGAACGCAGUACUCUUCAUACGACCUGGGAAGAGCCGUGCCUUCGUUUGCUGCCGUUGAGUACAUUACUGGAACUUCGGCUAUCAUAACUAGGCUUCAGACGAAUGCUGGAGUGGUUUCCUUUUUCGGGCAGGUGAGAGUUGAACUCAGAAUGCAGAGAACCGGAAGAUAUACCAUAAAGUAUUUCUGCCGACGCGCCAACGAUUCUGCCAUCCCCCCACCCACAGAGCAACGUGAAAUGAAGUGUUUUGCUCAAGAACACAACAGACCACCCGGUCCGGGAAUCGAACUCACCAUCUAAAGAUCGAGAAUGCAACGCUCUAACCACUUGUGUGAGGGUGCGCAUAUAUGUGUAGAGGGUUGUGUCCAUUAUUUCUUUUACUAAAACACUUUUUGACUAUGGUAAUACUUAUCAGCAUCUCAAAUGCAGUUAGUUAAACUGUGUUACAUUUAUAAUAUAUCUUAGUGUUUAUAUUCUAUUUCUUUUUUAAGAAAUCAUUUCACUUUAAUUUGUUAUAUUUGGCACAUAUAUAAAUAUGAUUUUGCUCUCUAAA